GGGGAGGAUCGUAUAUAAGUGCCGUAGCCGCCUUGAACGUUCUUUUUCGCAACGGGUUUGCCGCCAGAACACAGGUGUCGUGAAAACCACCGCUAAACCUAAACCAAAAUGGGAAAGGAGAAGACUCAUAUCAACAUCGUCGUCAUUGGACACGUAGAUUCGGGCAAGUCUACCACUACUGGUCAUCUGAUCUACAAAUGUGGUGGGAUCGACAAAAGAACUAUCGAAAAAUUUGAGAAGGAGGCUGCUGAGAUGGGAAAGGGCUCCUUCAAGUAUGCCUGGGUCUUGGAUAAACUGAAAGCAGAACGUGAACGUGGUAUCACCAUUGAUAUCUCCCUGUGGAAAUUCGAGACCAGCAAGUACUAUGUGACCAUCAUUGAUGCCCCAGGACACAGAGACUUUAUCAAAAAUAUGAUUACGGGCACAUCUCAGGCUGACUGUGCGGUCCUGAUUGUUGCUGCUGGUGUUGGCGAAUUUGAAGCAGGUAUCUCCAAGAAUGGGCAGACCCGUGAGCAUGCCCUUCUGGCUUACACACUGGGUGUAAAACAACUUAUUGUCGGUGUUAACAAAAUGGAUUCCACUGAGCCACCCUACAGCCAGAAGAGAUACGAGGAAAUCGUUAAGGAAGUCAGCACCUACAUUAAGAAAAUUGGCUACAACCCCGACACCGUAGCAUUUGUGCCAAUUUCUGGUUGGAAUGGUGACAACAUGCUGGAGCCAAGUGCUAAUAUGCCUUGGUUCAAGGGAUGGAAAGUCACCCGUAAAGAUGGCAAUGCCAGUGGAACCACACUGCUUGAAGCUCUGGAUUGCAUUCUGCCACCUACUCGUCCAACUGACAAGCCCUUGCGUCUGCCCCUCCAGGAUGUCUACAAAAUUGGUGGUAUUGGUACUGUCCCUGUGGGUCGAGUGGAGACCGGUGUUCUUAAGCCAGGCAUGGUGGUCACUUUUGCUCCAGUCAAUGUUACAACUGAAGUAAAGUCCGUUGAAAUGCACCAUGAAGCUUUGAGUGAGGCUCUACCUGGGGACAACGUGGGCUUCAAUGUCAAGAACGUAUCUGUCAAAGAUGUUCGUCGUGGCAAUGUGGCUGGUGAUAGCAAAAAUGACCCACCAAUGGAAGCAGCUGGCUUCACAGCUCAGGUGAUUAUCCUGAACCAUCCAGGCCAAAUCAGUGCCGGAUAUGCACCUGUGCUGGACUGUCACACAGCUCACAUCGCCUGCAAGUUUGCUGAGCUGAAGGAGAAGAUUGACCGUCGUUCUGGAAAAAAGCUGGAAGAUGGUCCCAAGUUCUUAAAAUCUGGUGAUGCUGCCAUCGUUGAUAUGGUUCCUGGCAAGCCCAUGUGUGUUGAGAGCUUCUCUGACUAUCCUCCUCUGGGCCGUUUUGCUGUUCGUGACAUGAGACAGACGGUUGCUGUGGGUGUCAUCAAAGCAGUGGACAAGAAGGCAGCUGGAGCUGGCAAGGUCACCAAGUCUGCCCAGAAAGCUCAGAAGGCUAAAUGAAUAUUAUCCCCAAUACCUGCCACCCCAGUCUUAAUCAGUGGUGGAAGAACGGUCUCAGAACUGUUUGUGUCAAUUGGCCAUUUAAGUUUAAUAGUAAAAGACUGGUUAAUGAUAACAAUGCAUCGUAAAACCUUCAGAAGGAAAGGAGAAUGUUUUGUGGACCAUUUGUUUUUUUUGUGUGUGGCAGUUUUAAGUUAUUAGUUUUUAAAAUCAGUACUUUUUAAUGGAAACAACUUUGACCAAAAAUCUGUCACAGAAUUUUGAGACCCAUUAAAACAAAAGUUUAAUGAGAAA